AUGUCUGCUCUCUGUGCCCAGAACCGAGCAGGCCUCCAUUCACCUUUCUUCUCAGAGAACAUCAUGGCAAGUGUGGCUGCAGUUCUGACCUGGGCUCUGGCCCUCCUCUCAGUGCUUUCAAUCAGCCAGGCACGGAAAGACUUCUGGGACUACUUCAGCCAGAGCAGCAGGGACAAAGGCAGGGUGGAGCAGAUCCAGCAGCAGAAGCUGGCACGGGAGCCCGCGAGCCUGAAAGACGGACUUGAGCCAGACCUCAGCAAUAUGGACAACUUCCUGGAAAAGCUGGGUCCUCUGAACGGGCAGGGGAGGGAGCCUCCCGGGCUCCCAGGCGACCCGGUGGGCAUGCGGCAGCAGCUGCAGGAGGAGCUGGAGGAAGUGAGGGAGCGUCUGGAGCCCUACAUGGCGGAGGUGCACGAGCGCGUGGGCUGGAACCUGGAGGGGUUGCGGCGGCAGCUGCAGCCCUACACGGUGGAGCUGAUGGAGCAGGUGGCCCUGCGCGUGCAGGAGCUGCAGGAGCAGCUGCGCGUGGUUGGAGAGGGCACCAAGGCCCAGCUGCUGGGGGGCGUGGAAGAGGCACGGAGCCUGCUGCAGGAGCUGCAGGACCGCGUGGCACACCACACUGGCCGCGUCAAGGCGCUCUUCCACCCGUACGCGGAGCGCCUGGUGACCGGCAUCGGGCACCACAUGCAGGAGCUGCACCGCAGCGUGGCGCCGCACGCGGCCGCCAGCCCGGCGCGCCUCAGCCGCUGCGUGCAGGUGCUCUCGCACAAGCUCACGCUCAAGGCCAAGGCCCUGCACACGCGCAUCCAGCAGAACCUCGACCAGCUGCGCAAAGAGCUCAGCGCCUUUGUUGGCGCCGGUGCUGACGGUGCGGAGGAAGAGGCCCAGCCGGACCCCCAGGUGCUGUCUCAGGAGGUGCGCCAACGACUCCAGGCUUUCCGCCACGACACCUUCCUGCAGAUUGCCGCCUUCACCCACGCCAUUGACCAAGAGACCAAGCAGGUCCAGCAGCAGCUGGCGCCGCCACCGCCAGGCCACAGCGCCUUCUCUCCAGAAUUCCUACAAGGGGACCGAGGCAAGGCCCGGAGCGAGCUGCAGGCCCGCCUCGACGACCUGUGGGAAGACAUCAACUACAACCUUCGCGACCAUAGUCCUGGCCACCUGGGGGAGUCCUGA